AUGGACGACGUAAAAGACAAAAUGAAAGGCUUCAUGAAGAAAGUCAAUAACCCUUUCUCUUCUUCAUCCUCUGGCAAAUUCAAAGGCCAAGGUAGAGUCCUAGGCUCUUCAUCAUCAUCAUCAUCAACUACACCGCCAAAUUCCAUUUCUACCCCUCGCCCUUCUCCUCAUAAUUCCAAUCCCAUUUCUAACCCUAAACCCAAACUCAUACCCAUACCCGAACCUACUCCACCGAUUGUUUCAGCUUCGGAUGAUAGCAGAAUCGAAAAAGCUCGUAAACCUGUAGAUGGAUUUGAUCCGUUUGAUUCUUUGGUUACUUCAUCUCAGAGAUCUCGAAAUGGUUAUUCGGUAAAUGUAUAUGAAUGUCUGAUUUGCAAAACACCGUUUAGAUCGGAAGAUGAGGUUUCUGAGCAUGUUGAAAGUUGUUUGAGUAAUAGAGUUGAAAAUAUUGAUAAUGGAAAAUUGGUGGAGACUGAGACUGAAGAUGUUGUUGAGAUUCAUAUUGAAUUGGAGAUUUGUGUUGGGAGUUAUGUUUCCGGGAAUCCGAGUGAAGGGGCGACUUAUUUUGUUUACAACUGA